CACGCCCCCCUGCUCGCGGGCAGCGUGCGGAGCCGCGCGCCCCGGAGGCUCCGGGACCGUGGCGGCGGGCGGCGGCGGCGGCGCAGCCCUCCGCGGGCCAUGUCUUCUCCCGCCGUGGCGAGGAGCUCCCCCGGAGGGAGCCAAGAGGUGGCCCCUCGGCCGCCGAGCCGGGGCCGGUUCUGGGAAGUGGGCGGCGACGGGGACCGACUGGAGCGCGCGGCCGCGGAGUCGGAGCGCUGGGAGCUCCUGCUCCGCCGCGGCGAGCUGCUGGCGCUGGGCGGCCACCUGAAGGGAGCGCUGGAGGCGUACGCGGCGGCGCUGCGCCGUGGGGCCCCGGUCAGGGCCGAGUGCCUCGGAACGCUGGUGGACUGCCUGGUGUUCAACUACAGGCUCCGCCACGGGCUGCGCUGGAGUGCGACCCCGGCAGCGGGCGCCCCCGCUGGCGCCGGGGGGCUGCUCAGCUGCCUCGGCUGCGGGGGCUUCCUGAGCGAGCCGGUGACUGUGCCCUGCGGCCACAGCUACUGCCGCCGCUGCCUGCGGAGGGAGCUCCGCGCCCGCUGCCGCCUCUGCCGGGACCGGCUGCCGCCCGCAGCGGCCGCGGAUGCUGAGGGGACUUCCCCGCGGCCGCCGACUCUGGCCGCCGCCAUCGCCGCCUCGGGUUUCAGGACCAGCGUCGUCCUCAACCACCUGGCCGAGAAGUGGUUCCCAGGCCAGCGGGCGCGAGCCCGGGCGGCCGGCCGGCUCGGGGAGCUGCUGCACCAGGGCCGCUACCGGGAGGCCCUGGCCGCUGCCUGCGAGGCUCUGCGAGCAGAGCCCAGUGACUUGACUCUGAAAAUUUACAGAGCUGAAUCAUAUGCUGGUCUCCAAGAGUUUAAAGCAGCCAUAGAAGAUUUAAAUGCAGUUCUGUUUCAACUGCCAAAUUGGCCUGAGGUCUACUUCAGGAAAGGAAAAGUCCUCCAUGAUGCUGGCUUUUUAGGUGAUGCCUUACAACUGUUUCUUCAGUGCUUAGCGCUUGAUGAAGAAUUUGCACCUGCAAAGCUAGAAGUGGAAAAGAUUCUAUGUGAUUUAUUAACACCUGAAAACUUAAAAGAAGGCCUGAAGGACCCUUCCUGGAAUUCAUUACCGUGUAUUAAAAACAAACCUUUUGGUUGUCCUUCAGUAAUGGACGAGUCUCACUCUGCCAGUGAGCUUAGCCCAGAGCAGAAUGAAGAAAUAGCAGAGGUCACUUCAGAACCUGUCAAAGGAAGCCUAAACCGUGCUCAGUCAGCACAGGCUAUAAAUUCAACAGACAUGCCUGUCAGAGAGGAUUGUCUAAAAAGAGUGUCCUCAGAACCUUUACUCUCUGUUCAAGAAAAAGGUGUUCUGCUGAAAAGAAAGUUGUCUCUUUUAGACCAGGAUGUGGUUGUAAAUGAAGAUGGACGAAAUAAGCUGAAAAGACAGGGAGAAACUCCCAAUGAAGUCUGUACAUUUUCAUUAACUUGUGGUGACAUCCCAGAAGAAUUAAUAGAUGCCUCAGAUUUUGAGUGUUCUCUCUGUAUGAGAUUGUUUUUUGAGCCAGUAACAACACCUUGUGGACAUUCAUUCUGUAAGAAUUGUCUUGAGCGUUGUUUGGAUCAUACACCAUAUUGUCCCCUUUGCAAAGAAAGCUUAAAAGAGUAUCUAGCAGAUAGGAGGUACUGUGUCACACAGCUGUUGGAAGAUUUAAUAGUGAAGUAUCUGCCUGAUGAACUGUCUGAGAGAAAAAAAAUAUAUGAUGAAGAAACUGCUGAACUCUCACACUUGACCAAGAAUGUUCCAAUAUUUGUUUGCACUAUGGCCUACCCCACUGUGCCUUGCCCUCUUCAUAUAUUUGAGCCAAGAUACAGAUUGAUGAUUCGAAGAAGUAUACAAACUGGAACAAAACAGUUUGGGAUGUGUGUCAGUGAUACACAAAAUAGUUUUGCAGAUUAUGGUUGUAUGUUACAAAUUAGAAAUGUACAUUUCUUGCCUGAUGGAAGGUCUGUGGUUGAUACAGUUGGAGGAAAGCGAUUUCGGGUUUUAAAAAGAGGAAUGAAAGAUGGCUAUUGCACUGCAGACAUUGAAUAUCUGGAAGAUGUUAAGGUUGAGAAUGAAGAUGAGAUCGAAAAUCUCCGACAGCUUCAUGACUUGGUGUACUCUCAAGCCUGCAGCUGGUUUCAGAAUUUAAGAGACAGAUUUCGAAGCCAAAUUCUUCAGCACUUUGGAUCAAUGCCGGGGAGGGAGGAAAACCUGCAGGCAGUCCCUAAUGGACCUGCGUGGUGUUGGUGGCUUCUUGCUGUCCUUCCCGUUGAUCCCCGAUAUCAGCUGUCGGUUUUGUCAAUGAAGUCUUUGAAAGAACGGUUGACAAAGAUACAGCAUAUACUGACCUAUUUUUCUAGAGACCAAUCUAAGUAACCAAUUGCUUGGAUCUUCCUCUCAAGUUACCCUAAUCUGGCUGUGGUGACAGCCAGAUUGUCCGCUGCCUUUGCACAUCCAGUGCUGGUUUGAGAAACAUAAUGAACCUGUUCUGUUUUUUUUUUUUCUUCAACCUCCUGAAUCAUGUGGUUCUGCAAACAAAUACCUUCAACUAGGAUUUAGACCACUAAGAACUUGCACAGAAAAACACACGCUGAAUGUGUGUUAAACCUCUACAUUGUGAUGAAGUUGCACUAUGUACCAUACUCUAAAUGAAAUGAGAACUCUUUGCGUGUGUGUGCGUGUGUGUGUGCGUGUGUGCACGUGCGUGCGUGCAGUAUGGGUGCAUUUUCUCUGGCUUUAAAAUUUUAAAAGAAAAAAAAAAGCCAUAGAGAGCAGAACUUGCCGAGGGUCAUUUAUUGCCCAAGUUUACAACAGUAGCGAUACAAGUUUUUGCAAGUUGAAUUUGCCUCAGAUUUCUCUGUCCUAAUGCUUAUAUUUGCACAAGUAUGUAAGCUAUGGUAUUGAGUAUCACUCUUCGUUGGAAAUACCGCUCUUGCUGAACUGUCUUGACCAUUGACUAUGACACAGUCUCUUAUUUAUGUAAAUACUUGCAUCCCAAUGGCCGACCGGCAUCGGAUGCAGAAUCUAGAGCCAGUUUUCAGGAACAAUUGCAAACCUGACAUGGUACUGUGCAUCUAUUCAUAAAACACUUAAAACUGUGAAAAUAUGGUUUACACUUAACUGUACAUAAAGGUAAAUGGAGAGCUCAGUUCAGUAUCAGUCUGUACAUUUUAAGGGGGGCUUUUCACAUUAACUGCCCAUCUGUGUAAUUUAUAGUUUGACAUGAUGUGUUUGUUUAAAAAAAUUACCUAGUAUAAACCCAUUAAGGAUCUGAGGGAAGUGAAGAAGCUUAAUGUAGAACUAAGCUUUUAAAGUACGUUUUGUUUUUUUUAAAUUCUGGUCUUGGUGCAAAUGUUAGUUAUGCCUUAUUCAUAUCACAGUUAGGUCACCAUGCUGUGACAUGGUCUGUAUUCAUGCUGCCCUAGAUACUUUUGUAAUUAUUUGUUGCAGACUUGUGACUGUCUCUCUUAACUUUCUUUUAUGUAAGUAAUUUGUAAAAGUUUCUUAAAAUUUUUGCUUUUGCUUAUUUAAUUUUGAAUAAAAGCUAAAUUCAUAGUACUUUUUUUCUUAAAUUUUAGGUCAAGGACAAAAAAGAUCAGCAGAGGAAUCAAGAUACAUAAAGAACAGAUGAGUUUUGCUUAACUGUUGUGCCAUGACACAUAAACUGUAGCUUUCAAAAUA